UGACCCGGUUGUCUGGGCUCUCCGGAUUCAAUAUGGCGGGUCUGGGCGGUCACUGAGGGGCUUGGCGGGGCGGCGGGUGUCAGCGCGGGCAGCCCAACUCUGCGCUCGUCUGCGGCGGGGAUUCGGCCUCAGCGCUCGAGGCGAGAAGCGUUUCCAGGAGGAAAGGAGCGGGCUAAGCCGGCCGGAGGGGGCCGGCCCAUCGCUUGGGCUCGGCGCGGCGGGCCGCCCUGUCAGUCGGCCGGAGCGAUGGCCCAGCGAGUGCAGUCGGCGCAGGAGUUCCUCCAGGACUCGUUCGUGCCGUUGGUGGCCGCGCUGUGCAGCGAGGAGGCGGAGAAGGUCACCCGCAAGAACAACCUGGGCUUCUGCGAGCUCAUAAAGCCUUUCUGUCGCCUCACUUCGGAAGUGCACAUGAGAGAUCCCAACAACCAACUUCACAUAAUCAAAAACUUGAAAAUUGCUGUCAACAACAUUAUUACACAGCCGCCUCAACAAGGAGCCAUUCGGAAGCUUCUGAAUGAUGUUGUGACUGUUAGUCAGCCUGCUGAAGGAUUAGUAGCUAAUGUGAUUACUGCGGGAGAUUAUGAUCUCAACAUUAGUGAUCUCUCAGUUAAAGCUAGUGUUCCUUGGUACAGUAGUUGGAAAGACACACUGAUGGGACUGAACACAUCCACGUUUUAUUCAGCUACCACUCCAUGGUUUGAGGCUUAUCGAGAGAGCUUUCUUCAGUCUAUGCCACCAUCAGACCAUGAAUUCCUAAACCACUAUGUAGCCUGUAUGCUCGUGGUGUCAUCUAGUGAACCUGAACCUGUGGAACAGUUUUUAAAGCUUUCACAAGAGCAGCAUCAGAUUCAACAUAGUAAUGAAUACUCUUAUCCAAAAUGGUUCAUUCCAAACACCCUCAAAUACUAUGUGUUGUUGCACGAUGUGAGUUUAGGAGAGGAACAAAGGGCUGAUUCAAUUUAUGAAGAAAUGAAACAGAGGUAUGGGACUCAGGGGUGCUAUUUACUUAAGAUAAAUUCUCGUGGGUCUAAUCGAGGAGCAGACGAACAGAUUCCUGAUCCCUGGAGCCAGUAUCUUCAGAAAAACACUAUCCAAACCCAGGAACCUUAUGAAGAUGGCCCAUAUACAGUAAUUUCAAAUAAGAAUUCUGAUCACUUUAUACCACUGGAUGGGUUAGGUAAUGAUUCCAAAGUAGAUGGUUUAUCAAAUAAUUUUAAGAGUCAUCCACUUCAAUUGGAUCACACUAGUGAGAGUGGUUGUUUUGAUGGCACUGAUUAUGUGAAACCAAAUUCAUCCAUGCAUGAAUCGAAGAAGUCAAAUACAUGGACACCUCAUGGCACCUGUUUGACACUCACAGAUCAUGAUCGAAUUCGACAGUUCAUACAGGAAUUUACCUUUAGAGGGCUUUUGCCACAUAUAGAGAAAACAAUCAGGCAACUUAAUGACCAGUUGAUAUCCAGGAAAGGCCUGAGUCGCUCACUAUUUUCUGCAACCAAAAAAUGGUUUAGUGGCAGCAAAGUUCCAGAGAAAAGUGUAAAUGAGCUAAAAAGCACUUCUGGCUUGUUGUAUCCUCCAGAAGCGCCAGAGCUUCAGAUCAGGAAAAUGGCAGAUCUGUGUUUCUUGGUGCAACAUUAUGAACUGGCAUACAAUUGCUACCAUACAGCAAAGAAAGACUUUUUAAAUGAUCAAGCAAUGCUUUAUGCAGCAGGAGCACUGGAAAUGGCAGCAGUAUCUGCUUUUCUUCAGCCAGGAGCACCUAGACCAUAUCCUGCCCAUUACAUGGAUACUGCAAUUCAAACAUAUAGGGAUAUUUGCAAGAACAUGAUGCUGGCAGAGAGAUGUGUGCUGCUUAGUGCUGAAGUAUUAAAAAGCCAAAGCAAAUAUUCAGAGGCAGCUGCUCUCCUGAUACGUUUAACCAGUGAGGAUUCAGAUCUGCGGAGUGCACUGUUGCUCGAGCAAGCUGCACAUUGUUUUAUAAAUAUGAAAAGUCCUAUGGUUAGAAAAUUUGCCUUUCAUAUGAUACUGGCUGGCCAUAGGUAUAGUAAAGCAGGGCAGAAGAAGCAUGCUUUACGAUGUUACUGUCAAGCCAUGCAAGUUUAUAAAGGGAAAGGAUGGUCACUUGCAGAAGAUCAUAUAAAUUUCACUAUUGGUCGGCAGUCUUUUACACUUCGGCAGCUUGACAAUGCCGUAUCUGCAUUCAGGCAUAUUUUGAUCAAUGACAGCAAGCAAAGUGCUGCUCAGCAAGGGGCCUUCCUCCGAGAAUAUCUUUAUGUUUAUAGGAAUGUGAGUCAGCUAUCACCUGAUGGGCCGUUACCACAACUUCCUUUACCUUAUAUUAAUAGUUCUGCAACACGAGUGUUUUUUGGACAUGACAGACGGCCAUCAGAAGGUGAAAAACAGGCAGCAACACACAUAAGCCUUGAUCAAGAAUAUGACUCUGAAUUCUCCUAUCAAUGGAAGGAACUUGAAGAGCAAGCUGUGGCUGCAGCUAACAAAGGCACAGCACUUUCUAAUUUCCAGCCAACACAGUAUUGUCUGAAUAAGUAUUCAGAUAACUCUAGGUUUCCACUUGGUGUAGUAGAAGAGCCAAUAACUGUGGAAGUAGCUUUUAGAAAUCCAUUGAAAGUUCCACUUCUGUUAACCGACUUAUCACUGCUUUGGAAAUUUCAACCAAAGGAUUACAAUUCAAAGAAUAACGGAGAAACAAAGGAAGUAGAAACAUCUGGAAAAGAUAUGAUUGGAGCUGAAGUAAUAUCAGAGUUUUUGAUGAACAGUGAAGAAACUAAAAUGGCAAGACUAAAGCUCUUUCCCCAUCAAACAGGGGAGCUACACAUUCUGGGAGUCGUUUACAAUCUUGGCACCAUUCAGAGUACUUCAGUGCUAGAUGGAGUAGACCCUUCUGCUGUGAUGCAAACAGGAAAAUUUAUCUCUAAUGGAAUGUCAGUACGGGGUCGACAAGAUUUAGAAAUACAGGGCCCUCGUUUGAAUAGCACAAAAGAAGAGAAAACAUCUAUUAAAUAUGGACCUGAUCGACGUUUAGAUCCUAUCAUUACAGAGGAAAUGCCUUUGCUAGAGGUCUUCUUUAUAAAUUUUCCUACAGGGCUGCUUUGUGGAGAAAUCCGAAAGACAUAUGUAGAGUUUAUGAAUGUAGGCAAGUGUCCUCUGACUGGAGUGAAAGUUGUCUCUAAACGGCCAGAAUUCUUUACCUUUGGUGGCAGUAGCACUAUUUUAACACCACUAAGCCCUUCAGCAUCUGAACACUGUAGUGCUUACAAGACUGUUGUUAAGCAUUCUACCUCCCUAUAUUCUCUGACGUCCUCCGCUGAUUCUUCAGACUUUGGGGUUGGAACAGGAUGUCAGCCAGAAGUGAUAGAUGUCCCCCUUCCUGAUUCUGUACUGCUCCCCGGAGCUUCAGUACAGCUUCCCAUGUGGUUACGUGGUCCAGAUGAAGAAGGUGUCCAUGAAAUAAACUUCUUGUUUUACUAUGAAAGUAUUAGAAAACACUCAAAAAUGUGUCACAGAGUAUUGAGACAUACUGCCGUUAUUUGUACCAGUCGAUCACUGACUGUACGAGCUACCGUAUAUCGAAGCAAUGCUCUUGAGGAUGGAAAAGGUGAUGGCGACAACAUGCUAGUGUUUGUGGAUGUGGAAAAUAUCAAUACCAGUGAAGCUGGUGUAAAAGAAUUUCACAUAGUACAAGUAUCUAGUAACAGCAAGAACUGGAAAUUACAGGAAUCCAUAAAUCUGUCUGAAGACAAAGCAGAUAUUAAGCUGGCUAACAGAGAGAAAGGAAAAUUGUGCUUGAAAGCAGUAAGAUGCAAGCAUUCAGUAGAAAAGUAUACAUUUGCAGAUAUCGUUUUUGGAAGUGAACAGAUAAUCAGUUCAACCAGUCCAUGUGCAGAUUUCUUUUUCCGAAGCUUAUAUUCUGACUUAAAAAGAACUCGAUCACAGCAAAGUGUGCACACAUCACAAGGAGCUGCAAAACCGUCUCCUGACAAUGCUGUCAGACUAAUACAGAAGUGCAGUGAAGUGGAUUUGAACAUCAUUGUACUUUGGAAAGCAUAUGUGGUGGAGGAUAACAAGCAACUCAUUUUGGAAGGGCAGCAUCAUGUUGUGCUUCAUACAGUAGGGAAGGAGGCAUUUUCUUUCCCUCAAAAACAGGGUUUUAAAAAAAUACUCGGGAAUUCUGACUGGGAAGACUUGGAACAGGAGUCAUCGGAGAUAGGGCUCUUCAAUUUUUUUCGGCCAGAAAACACAUCGGUACCUGCUAGGCCAUCUCUGGAUCAGUUUUCCAGCCUUAUUAAAACUAGUCUUCAUUAUCCAGAAACCUAUAACCACCCAUUUCAUCAAAAAAGCCUUUGUAUAGUACCAGUCACUCUUCUACUUUCAAAUUGCUCUCAGGCCGAUGUUGAUGUGAUCAUUGACUUGCGACAUAAAACAACAAGUCCAGAAACACUUGAAAUCCAUGGUUCCUUUACUUGGCUUGGGCAAACACAAUACAAGCUUCAGCUGAAAAGCCAGGAAGUAUCCAGCCUGCAGUUAAAGGCCUGUUUCGUCCACACAGGAGUUUAUAAUCUUGGAACCCCGCGAGUUUUUGCCAAGCUUUCGGACCAGGUUACUUUGUUUGAAACAAGUCAGCAGAACUCGAUGCCAGCACUGAUCAUCAUUGGCAAUGUUUGACUUGCUGCAGGUUUAUUUAAAACCAAAAAGAAAAGAAGUGUUUUGAGUACUGUUACUUACUUCAUUACUUUUAACCUGCAACCUUGGCAUAUGAACUGUUAAAAUAGUGUAGAUAAAAUUCCAAACUAUUACAAGUACUUGUCUCCUUCUGUUUCAUAAUGCCUGGUACAUUAGACUUGACAGAACAUUUAUUUUUUAAAAAGUAUUCCAUAAAUUAAGUGGAAAUACACAACAUUACUGGUGAUAUCCAAUGUUAGUCAUGCUCAGAACAAACCCAAUGAAAUCAAUUGACUUAAUUUCUGUGGGUCUACUUCAUGUAACUUAAUUGGGUAUCAUCCUCCUCGUAUCAGAAUUGGAAACUCCUGUAUACCUUAGACCCUGUCAAAUGCAGCCAUACUGCUGUUAAAACCGGUGUUAAUAUUUGUGGCUGCAUUAGGAAGCAAUUUAGGGCACAGAACCCUGCUGGCAUUUUUAUUUGUUUGUUUGUUCAUGAACCAUCUUUUCAUAACAUUUCUGUGAAGUUCAGUAAGAUACAAAAAUAAAUCCUACCCAGUUUUUCAUUUUCCACUUUUAAAAAAGUGAAAUUGGGAUUUCUUUCAUAUUCUGAUAGCCAGUCCUCUUUGCAAACUGCAUAUAACUCCACUUAAUAUCCUUUAAAAACAGAAAACCCCAGUUUAGAUAUGUUCUCAUUCAUCUCAGUACAAAAUGCACUAUUUCACAACCAUUAAAGUUUGUCAUGUAAACACAUCCACUUUAUUAUGUAACUAUAACAAUUCAGAUGAUCUGUUUAAAUUACCAGUUAAUUAAGCUUUUCGAGAAAUGUAUUAUAUUUAUAACAAAUGUGCUGUAAAUAGAAUAAAAUGUGCACCAUA